GAAAAUAGCAUUAUGGAUAUGAAUGCAAAAACAAACAAUAUGGAAAUAGCUGAGAGCGAAAAUAAUAUGGAAACAGAAGCAAGACUCCUGGUUACAGACAACACAAUGAAAAUUGACUUCUUUCCACAAGAUGAAGUAUUGGGAAAAGAUAAGACAGAAUUUACUCUGGUCGCCGGUUCAAGUCUAGUGGAUGACAAAAACUGUGUUAGGACCACGAAUGAAAAUCUGACAAGAAACGUCGUACGUAAACAUAAGGGCAUCCACUAUAAAAGGAAAAUAGGAACGAUACAAGAAAUAACAGAACAAGGAGCACCUGACGACACUACACCGACCAAAAAUGGAAA